CGUGCUAGAAUAAGCGGAGCCGGGCGCAGUGCGCGUAGUUACUGUCAUUGAAGAAAAAGAUAUCAACCACAACAGUAAGAGGAGGUGUACAACAACUAAACUGCGCGUAUUUAUAGAUAUAAAAAAAACAACGUUAGCUGCCAUUCUAAAAAAUUAAUAAAUAAAUAAAUAAAUACAAAUCUGGAACCGAAGUUGUGACAAGUUGAGAAAAAAGAAAAACAAAAGCAAUACAAAAAAAAAAAAAAAAUAAUUCCAGCAAGCCAAGGAGGGGUGUUUUGAUGGACUUUAUUAUUAUUAUUGUUUUUUUUUUUUAAAACAAACUAAUUGACUGAAAAGCUGAAAUGACAGAAUCCGCCGCCAACGCUCCAGCCCCAAAGGCAAAGAAGGCGAGUAAAGCCCCUAAAAAGGCUGCCUCUCACCCGAAGUACUCGGAAAUGAUUGAAGCUGCCAUCCAAGCAGAAAAGAGCCGCUUGGGCUCGUCCAGGCAGGGCAUCCAGAAGUACAUCAAAAGCCACUACAAGGUGGGGGAAAACGCGGACUCUCAGAUCAAGCUUGCCCUGAAGAGGCUGGUGGUCAGCGGGACUCUGCGCAAAACCAAGGGCAUCGGGGCUUCGGGCUCCUUCAAGAUCGCCAAGGCGGAGGACUCGAAGAAACCGGUCAAGCCCAAAGCAGCGGAGAAAGCAAAGAAGCAGCCAGCCAAAGCGGCCAAACCCAAAGCGGCGGUGAAACCCAAGAAAGCCAAGUCGCCGGCCAAAGCCAAGAAGCCCAAAGCGACAGAAAAGAAAGCGAAGAAGACUCCCGAGAAAAAGAAGGCAGCGGCCAAGCCGAAAAAGCAGGAGAAGGCAAAGAAGCCGAAAGCCAAGGCGGUGAAACCCAAAGCAAAGAAAGCAAAAGCGGCGAAGCCCAAACCCAAACCCACCCCCAAGAAAACCGGGAAAAAGAAGUAAAACGAAGAAGAAAUCUUAAACAAAAGAAAACACCUCAUUGUAAAUAGACUUUUACUUUUUUUUUUUUUUUUUAAACAAAAAAAAAAAAAAAAAAAAAACACCACCACAUUGUUGGCUCCCUAGUUUUUGUAUCGUUUUAUGAGGACUUUUCCUGACUUUUUCUCUCAGACUGAACACACGUUGCACUAGAGGCAGUAGUAUUUUGAGGGAGGGUGUGUGUACCACCCUGCUCGCUCUUUAACCCGAACCCUGUAAAGAAUCACCCCGUGAAAACUGUGCCGUUCUCGGUCUGUGACACCGUGAAGGCUCUGGACUCUCAAUUACUUUGUAUAUUAAGCGAGGCUGCGCCGUGUGAGGCAUGGGCUAUACAGUAUUGAAAGUAUAGUCGUUUAAGCUCUGUAUUGCUAUACUGUGUGUGUGUGUGUGUUU